AUGGCGGCAGCAUUGACCUCCAGGACUUUUGCAGACACCGGCGGUGCUUCUGGAAUCGGGGCCGCGACAGCUCGCCUCCUCGCACGUCGCGGUCCCGCGGCCAUAUACAUUGGCGAUGUCAAUACCGCCGGGUUCGACCAGAUGAAGACCGAAUUGGCGGCUAUCAACCCAGGCACAAAGGUGCACACCCCGACCGUCGACGUUUCGGUUCCUGAGCAAGUCGACGCAUGA